AUGAAGCUCGUCAGCAUCUUCCUCGGUCUCUUGACCCUCUUCCUCUCCAUCGGCCCUGCAGCGGCCGUUCUCCCCGGUGUCACCAACUGGUGGGGCAAAUGCCACAACGACAAGCCGGCCAUCGCCAACGCCAUCGGCCAUUUCUGCAAGUUCGGCGGCCUCAACAACCACGUGCCGCGCGCCUGGAGCAUUUACGGCUCCCACAGCGACCCCGACAAGUUCGACCGCAAGGCUUACGUCGCCAUUCGCGGCUCUUGCUCGCCCCAGGAGUGGGUGCCGAGGAAGUACUGCUAUCUGCAAUUUUACAAGAUGUGCGUGCAAUUCCCGGGAGCUGGCGCCGGCGUGCGCAGCUUCGGAACCAAUGGGUGUCAGUCGUGGCAGAUCAUGCGUGGCCCGAUCCCAGGAGGAAAGAUUGGACAGUAG